AUGCAGAUAGACGGUCCGGGCAGCGCCGAAAGCUCACUGUUGGCCCAGAAUCGUAUGGGAAAAGACGCCCUGCAGAAGUCUAACAGCGUGCCACUCAUGACCGGUAACAGCCGCAGGCCGGAGGCCACCAAGAAGUGCGUGCUUCGGCUGGAUGGCUACUCCUACCUUAUCGUCGCUAAUCCUCCGGAUGCACAGGGUGCCAAGGAUGAGCUUACAGCGGCUACUGAAUCUGACGCCGGCGACCCAGCCAGUCCCGUUUCAGAGCCGGGGACGGUGGUGGUACGUCGCUUCCAGCCCCGCGUGGGCCAACUGCUUCGCUCUGGAGGCGCCGAGGAACCGGAGGGGCUCGAGCGGCCGCUGGUCGACUCCCGGCCCCUGCCGCCCGUCGACACGCUGGAAGCCUGCGACAGGGCCGCACAGAGACUGCGCGAGUUAGCAACACAUCUUCAGCACGGCGACAUCCCUUUAGCAGUUCUUCAAAAGACUCUCCAAUACGCAGCCUGUGUUCUAGAAACGGUUUGUCAAGAUGAAACAAGGAAGAUGCUGGACGAGGAAGACGACCUGUCUGAAGUGCAGCCCGAUGCGGUGCCCAACGAAGUUCGAGAAUGGCUGGCGUCCACCUUCACGCGCCAGGCGGCAACGCAGCGGAAGCGGUCGGAGGACAAGCCACGGUUUCGUUCUGUGGCCAACGCAAUCCGGGCCGGCAUCAUGGUGGACAGGAUAUACAGACGCAUGUCUAGCUCAACCCUCAUGCAAAUUCCUUCCCAAAUUGCACAGCUACUAAAAUAUGCAGAUGAUUGGUGUUUUGACGUCUUCAACAUGAACGAGGUCGCCAACGGUCAAGUUCUUCGGUUCUUGACAUACGACUUACUCAACCGAUAUGGGCUCAUCCAUAAGUUCAAGAUCUCGUCUGGUGUCCUGGAAAACUUCCUUAAUUCAGUGGAACAAGGGUACUGUAAAUACAAAAACCCGUACCACAACAACCUGCAUGCCGCAGAUGUCACCCAGACCGUCCACUACAUGCUCUGUCAGGCUGGUGUCGCUAACUGGCUAACGGACUUAGAAAUUUUUGCUACCUUGUUUGCGGCGGUCAUUCACGACUUCGAACACACAGGAACAACUAAUAACUUCCAUGUGAAUUCUCGGUCGGAAACUGCACUUAUCUACAAUGACCGUUCGGUUCUGGAGAACCAUCACAUUAGUGCAGCAUUCCGGUUACUAACGGACGACGACCAGAACGUUUUGUCGAACCUUAGUAAAGAAGAGUACAGAGAGUUCCGCAUGUUAGUAAUCGAAAUGGUUUUAGCAACAGACAUGACGUCUCACUUUCAACAAGUGAAAACAAUGAAGACAGCUCUCAGUCAUCAUGACUUCAGCCUAGACAAGGCCAAAGCUCUGUCCCUCAUUCUUCACUGCUGUGACAUCAGUCACCCGAGCAAAGAGUGGAGACUCCACCACAGGUGGACCUAUCUCCUCAUGGAGGAGUUUUUCCAACAGGGUGAUAAGGAGAAAGUGCUUGGACUCACAUACUCACCGCUUUGUGACAGGAACACGACACUCAUCGCCGAUUCGCAAAUUGGGUUCAUCGAUUUCAUUUUAAAUCCAACCAUGGACGUUUGUGGAGAUCUUCUGGAGAAAAUUCUGCUGCAGCUUCAAAGGCCCUCCGAUGACAGUAUAUCUGAAGAAGGCUUCGAGAACAAGAGCACAGAGGGUGAAUCAGGCAAAGGUCGGCAGCGCUCGCUGUCUGCGAUACGGAUGCCUCGAGCGUCCAGUACAACGGUCACCAACAAUGGCAGUGAGGGGGCCGUCGGCACUGGGAAGAGCGGCAGUGCACCAUCAUCUCCGCGCUCACCCAACCCGUACUCGACCUCCAACCGGGAGCUGAAAAGGCCAUGGGUCAAGUACUUGGAGGAGAACCGCAGCUUGUGGCAGGAGAGAGCAGCACAAGAUGCAGAGGCAAGAAAAAAAGCAAGCCCUGAAAAGGCGAAACCAGAACCAAAGCCAGAAACCUCGUCAGCAAGCUAAACAGAGUGUAUUCUCAGUCCCAUGUGCAUGGUCCCUGCUGCGAUGUGACCUAAGACUGCUCUACAUUAAUCCCACUGUAUGAAUGUGCUGAUAUCUACGCACCUUAAGAAAUGUCAUCACAGCCUAUUUGUCCUGAAUGGAGAAUGGCAGACCAUCUGGACAAAGUUGUCGGCAAAAUUCUACACAAUGUGCCAGCUGGUCAGACACCUUUUUAACAUGAACAAGAUGCCAGACAUAUUCGAGAAUAGUAUUUGAUGUGCAUCAAUGUGAAAAACUGCUUUUUGUAAAUCCUUCUUUCUUGUGCGGGAUUUUAUCUCACGGACACAAAGAUAGUAUACAGGCACACCUGUGAACCAUUCCUUGUUUCCAAAGCUCUGGUGUGCAACACGCAUGUCUGUUUUAGGGAGAACUGAUGCACCAGGUUGGCUGUGUAAAUAGAUGAAUGUGGGAAGCGUAUGAAUAGUCAUCGUGGAUGGUUUCAUUGUAGCAUCUUGGAUGUUAGUGAAAUUUAAUGGCAAAUCCAGAAGACGUGUGCAAUGAAUUGCUUUAAAACAAAACCCUUUCAAAACUCAGCUUCGAUUGUCCUAAAUAUGAUCUGAAACAGGUACCGCACACUCUGGGGAUAAAUGCAUGUUAAGUAACACCAAAGUUUAUCCUAUUUUUGAGAGUAGUGAGUGUGCAUCCCAUAUAACAAGCUUUUUUUCAGAAACCUCUAUAGAGCCCUUGUUUCACUUAUGCUUAAGAUUGUAGACUUUGUAAGCAAUUCCUAAUAUACAACAACUACUGUUUCAUAAUUCUUUAUGUGCAUGCAUACAUUUAUAAAUAAAACUUAAUAUACUUCUUAUGCAAGGUAGGCAUAAUGUUAGUA